AUGAGGGAAAAGAUGUAUAGAGAGAGAAGACAGCCAAAGAACCGCAGGAUGUAUGGAAGGUUGGAGAAGAAAAAAGACUUGGUUAAGAGACUUUCGAAGAUUGGGAAGCAGAAGGAAGAGAUUAGAAGAGCCAAAGAGGAAAUCAAAAACAAGAGUGGCCAGGAGUAUUUCUUUGGAUAUUAUUCAGUGGAAAGGAAUGGGGCGAAUAUCUACAAGAUCGACAGGCCCACUCUUGAGGAGCUUAGAAAGAUGAAGGCCUAUGUCGAUAAUGAAAUCCAAAGAUCCAGGAUGAAGUUGGAAAGAUAUAUUCCCCGACCGUGUGGAACACAUAUAAAAUUUGAAGAGGAUAGCUCUUCGAAGAAUGAUACAGACAUUGGCUUUGAGCACAACGAAGAGACUAGAAAAGAAUUUGAGAAGUAUUUAGAAGAUCUAAUUGGGAAGAGAAGGGAAAUUCAGGAGAGGAUAGACGAGCUGAAGAACCAAAAGAUAUAG